ACAAAAUGCAUAAGGAAGUUUGACAGCAUAUUAAACAAAGAGCAACAAGGAUUGUUGUAUCGACGGCGAAUAUGGCCGGUCGUAACCACCUUACACCGCCGUCAUCAUUAACCCGCUCCAUCACCGAACGCCACAUCAUUCAUCAGCACCACCACCUCGAAGACCGAAUCGCCAUCCAACAUCGCGAGAUCCAAACCCUCCUCCUCGACAACCAACGCCUCGCCGCCGCCCAUGUGGCUCUUAAGCAGGAUCUUGCACUCGCCCAGCAAGAAACUCGUCAUUUAACGGCAGCCUCUGCCAACGUAAAAUCCGAGAGGGACGCGGAGGUGAGGGAGGUCUACGAGAGGUCAUUGAAGAUGGACGCCGAAGCGCGCGCCGUGGAUGCUAUGACCGCUGAGCUGGCUUGUGUACGGGCUGAUGUGAAGAAGUUUAUGGCGGAUAACAAGGAGCUAACUGCGGAAUUGGAGGCUGUUAAUGAUGAGCUAGCCAAGGCAAGAAUGGAGGUGAAGCAAGUUCCCGUACGUAUGGCGGAUAUGGAAGCUGUACGGAAAGAAAUCCAUAAAGGAAGGACUGCUAUUGAACUUGAAAAGAAGACACGUGCUAGUAACCUUGAACAACGUCAAAUCUUGGAGAAAAAUAUGGUCCUUGUGGCUCGGGAAUUAGAAAAACUUCAAGCACAACGUGAACUUGCUAAUGCAGAGAAGAGAGCAAGGGAAGCAGCUGCACCAACAACAGCGACAGCAACAGCCAACUCAAUCCCCACAUACAAUGGAAACUAUGGAAAUAUUGAUGCCAAGUAUGGAGGAAGCUAUUCCAUGCCUCAGGCUGGUGUGGCAUGCCCGCAAUUUGCGCCUGGAGCUGGGGCGGGGACGGUGCCCCCUGUUACUUUAGAGGGUCAAGGGUCUCAUACACCUAAUGUCAAUCAAACUGGUUUACAAUCCGUGUCUAAUGUUCCUUUUGAAAACCAGGUGGUUCAGCUAUAGCCAUUUUAAACUCGAAUAUAAAAUUCUAGUCUUGAAUUUGAAA